ACGUGACUGGAACGUGGAAGGAAAGGAAAGUUUGCAAAAGUUUGGUUGAGUUGUUUUGAGAGUUGCAGAGACGGGACCAGUGAGUGAGAGGAGGUCUCAGACCGAGCGGGGUUCGUGCUGUAUUACACCUCGACAAGAGUGGGAGAUUACAAGGACUGGAGGAGCCAUGGCGACCGAGGCUCCGGGGUCGGCUGGUGAUGAGUGUGCUCUGGGCCAGGCUGCAGAUGCUGGCACCCUGGCCACCCGCGAGGAGGAGCUACACAAAGCACGUCAGAGUGCCAAGGCCAAGAGGAAGCUGAGGAAGAGUUCGUCACGUGACUCUGGGUCUGGCCGUGAGUCGUUCUCCGAGAGUACGGACGCUGGCGGUAACAAAAGCAAGAUGGGGGACAAAAAGUCCCGAUCAGGAAAGGGUCGAGGGCUUCCUAAGAAAGGAGGCGCGGGUGGCAAAGGUGUGUGGGGCGCUGCAGCUCAGGUGUACGACGUGGACCAACCGGACAUCCACGACCCCAACUAUGAUGACGACAAGCAGGGUGAAACUGUUUACCAAACGGUUGUUCCUGAACUGGACGACAGUGAGUUUGAGAAGGCAGUGACCCCAAUCAUUCAGGAGUACUUUCAACACGGAGAUACCAAGGAGGUUGCUACCCUGCUGCGUCAGAUGAACCUGGGCAACAAGAAGAGCAAGCUCCCGUUCCUUUCGGUGACCAUGUCGCUGGAGGGAAAGGCCAGCCACCGGGAACUAAUCUCCCGGCUCCUCGCCGACCUCAGUGGAAAGCAGCUGUUGGCUGAGGACGCAGCCAGGGCCUUCGACCAGCUCCUGCGUGACCUGCCUGACCUCAUCCUCGACACGCCCGAGGCGCCUCAGAUGGUGGGGCAGUUUGUAGCCCGCGCCAUGGCGGACCACGUUCUGUCGGCGGAUUUCCUAGAUGGUUACAAGGGAAGGGUUGACUGCGAGCAGACCCGCCUAGCGCUGGACAAGGCCACCGUGUUGCUGAGCAUGAACCGUGGGAUGCGCCUGGACAACGUCUGGGGUGUUGGUGGGGGUCUCAGACCCGUGAAGCAACUCGUCAAGGAGAUGAACCUCCUGCUGAAGGAAUACCUCCUGUCCAUGGACACAGCUGAAGCUGAGCUCUGCCUGCAGAACCUGGAGGUGCCACACUUCCACCAUGAGCUGGUCUACGAGGCUGUGGUGAUGGCCCUCGAAUCCACGGUUGGCAACGCCUCUGAUCUGAUUGUAAAGCUCCUGAAGAGUUUCUGGGAGUCUGGCUUUGUAACUCUUGAUCAGAUGAACCGGGGAUUCAAACGGGUCUAUGAAGCCAUGCCUGAGAUCAGCUUGGAUGUGCCAAACUCAUACAGCACGCUGAAGGACUUUGUGGACCUUUGCCAUCAGCAAGGCGUCAUCACCAAAGCACUCCAGGAGCAGUGUCCUACACGUGACGUUGGGCGCUCCGUGGAUGAGUAUGCCAGGAACUGCAUCACUGCCGCAGCUCAGUAACAAGCCUGGAUGUCGGAUGGGACACAUUGGAGCGGAGAGAGCCUGAGCAAGGGUUGUGUUUGGUUCUGCAGAAUGAAGGGGUCUAAGGGUGCAUCAAGCAGGGAAGCAACUCUGUGGGGGUUCUGUUAAUUGGUCUCCCUGCCUGUUGUGAUUUUAAAAAUGCCAAACCUUUGUUAUAAAUGUGCUUUUGAACCUGCUUUUUAUAGGCAUUGUGUCUCCUGCUCCAUUUUGAUCUUGGCUCAGAUAUUUGGGGGGUCGGUGCUGGAGAGUUUAUUUUGAAGCUCAGGCCAACAGUUUGAGCAAUUUUGAAGUAUUUCCUGUUAAAACAGAACUUUUAAGGAAAUUUUUUGGUGGGGGGGGUUUACUCUGUGCGUUUCUCACAUUGCAGUCGAGAACAGUCAACUGUGUAAAUCCAGUGCGUGAAGUUUAUAGUCCGAAUGGCCUCUUGAAAAUAAAAUGUUACACUUGACCAUGA